CUUUUCUAUACAUCCCUCAAAUUGAUCAAUAUAUAAUUGCUGAAUUUAAAGAUGCACAAAACAAUACAAAGAAAUGGAGCCACACGUGACUCAGAAUAUAGAAACUCAAAACUCAUCAGAAAAAAGGCUAGUAGACAAGGUGGCAGUGAUAACUGGUGGUGCAAGAGGAAUUGGUGCGGCUGCAGCUAAGCUGUUUGCUGAAAAUGGGGCACAUGUGGUAAUUGCUGAUGUGCUUGAUGAUCUAGGAGCCACGGUGGCUGAGUCCAUAGGGGGUCGCUACAUACACUGUGAUGUGUCAAAGGAAUGUGAUGUUGAAUCAGCCAUUAGCCUUGCACUUUCAUGGAAGGGCCAUCUAGACAUCAUGGUCAACAAUGCUGGAAUUGCAGGCUCUGAAGGAAGGAGCAUCACAACCCUUGACAUGGACCAAGUGAGGCACUUAUUUUCCAUCAACCUUCAUGGAACCAUACAUGGGAUCAAACAUGCUGCAAGGGCAAUGAUCAAGGGCCAAAAGGGAGGGUCCAUCAUAUGCACAUCAAGUGCUGCAGCCAUCAUGGGUGGCUUGGCCUUGCAUGGCUACACCAUGUCAAAGGCAGCAAUGGAUGGGUUGGUGAGAAGUGCUGCUUGUGAGUUGGGACAGCAUUUGAUUCGUGUUAACUGCAUUUCCCCACAUGGGGUUCCCUCUGAGAUGCUUCUCAGUGCUUGUAGGAGGUUUGGGAAUGUUGAUAUUACCCCUCAAAGAUUGAAGGAAAUUGUUGGGACAAGGGCUAGUUUACUCAAGGGGAGAGGUGCAACCAUUGAAGAUGUGGCUCAAGCUGCUUUGUUUUUGGCUAGUGAUGAGUCUGGCUUCAUAACAGCACACAAUCUUCGUGUGGAUGGGGGACAUACUUCUGCUGAUAGUAACAUGAGUUACAUCUACCAAGACCCAAAAUGAAGAGAAAGUAACUAUAAAUAAAGAUGAAUGUUUGCAGCCCUCUCUCUAAUACUUUCUCUGUUGUUGGAUGACUUAUCAUUUAAUGAGUAUCUUUCUCGAUUAAACAGUGAAACUCACCGAAAUAUAUGAUUUUCAAUAAAAUCUCGCUAGCUAAUGAUAGAGAAUAUUAGAGAGUGUCAGCUAACCUUCCUCGUCAAUAAAUCUAGUUGUCAUUUGAGGAGGAAACACAAGAAAGUGAAUUAGGCUCCUUGCAUUGAGUUCGAUACUCUUAACCUUACCAACUAUAAAAUACAUUUAUAGUUCUUUAAUUUCUGUUCCAGAAUAAUGUAUGCAUGGUUUCUUCUUGAUGCCUUGGCAUGUCAUGAUAUUCUGAUCAAUUAUUUUGUAUUGUUAUUUAGUAACUCCAUCAAUCAAGGUUGGUGCGUACUGAUUAGAAGAACAUCUUAAUUAUUACAUAUAGA